AUGCCUCCAGCAGUGAGAAAGCAACCAUCUCGCAAUACCCUGCCUACACCGACGGCGGGAUCAUCCCAAACACUAUCCCAGUCGGCCACGACUUCCUUACAGAGACAAAGACACAAUGAUUCGCUGACUGAUUUUCAAGCUCGACGACUAGCAAGGAGACUAGAUGAAUUGGAGCGUACAAAUCCAACUGAUAUACCAGCUUCAUCGUUCAUCCCUUCCAACCUACAUUCGAAUACGGAUCACACUCAAAGUAACUUGAAUUCACCAUUAGGUAAUACUGGCCAAGGACAAGGAUUGGGACAAGGGAAGAAGAAGCAAAGUUCUAACGUGAGAAGAAUACUGUACAACAAGAAAGGAUUAAAGGGCUGGUUAGAUGAGCUGCCGCAAGAACCAGCACCACCUUAUGUCAUAGCAGCUUCUGUAGCGCCAACAACUCCAGCAAGGAAACUAUGUUCAUCAUGCGGAUAUAUAGGGAAUUACAAAUGUCAGAGAUGCGCUGAAUGGAGUUGUACCCUACCUUGUAUGGAGAUACACGAAAGAGAUGGAGGAUGCGGGAUUGGUGGAUAA